GCAAAGAAAAGAGAUCUAGGAAGAAAAAACCCUCUUUCAGCUGCACAUAAGCACUGCCCAUCACAGAGAGCUGUGGCAGGGAGUAGGAAUUGCCUGUUUAUGGUGGCUGAUCUGCACAGUGCCUGGGAUGCUUGGAAAAAGGAUUAAGGAGGAGAGACUCGAAGGAGAAAGAGGAGGUGGAGGUUUCCCUUUGCAAACUCACAGGCUAAUAGAAACGAUCCUCUAAACUGUCAGUGUGUCAGGAUACAUUAAUAUCCCGGAGACCGCAGGAUCAUUCUGAGAUGAGCCACCUGUAACUGGGGCCGGCCUUGUUGCCAAGGCUCCCUGCCCCGCGAGGAUGAGGAGCCAUCUGCCGGCCUAACAGGAAGACCUUGUGGCGGCGGUUGUUUUAUUUUCCCCAAACAUCGUGAAAUUUCAUGUGACAGCGGAGCCGCUUCCUGCAGCCUCCCUGUGCCCCCUGGCAGCCAAGGGCUGGUGGGGCAGGGCCAGCACCAUGGCGGCGAAGCAGCCCCCGCCGCUGAUGAAGAAGCACAGCCAGACCGACCUGGUGAGCAGGCUGAAGACCCGCAAAAUCCUGGGCGUCGGUGGGGAGGAUGAUGACGGCGAGGUCCAUCGCUCAAAGAUUAGCCAAGUAUUGGGAAAUGAAAUCAAGUUUGCAGUCCGGGAACCACUAGGACUCAGGGUCUGGCAGCUUGUUUCCGCCGUCAUGUUUUCCGGGGUUGCUGUCAUGGCCCUCGCUUUCCCUGACCAGCUCUUCGAUGCCAUCUUUGAGGAGGAAUCGGUGAGCAGCAAGACUCCCAUCCGGCUCUAUGGAGGAGCCCUCCUCAGCAUCGCGCUCAUCAUGUGGAACGCCCUGUACACCGCCGAGAAGGCCAUCAUCCGCUGGAGCCUGCUGGCCGAGGCCUGCUACUUCGCCGUGCAGUUCCUCGUUACCACUGUCUCCCUGGUUGAGAGUAGCCGGAUAGCCACAGGUGCCGUGCUCCUCCUGGUCAGCCGAGCCCUCUUCAUCCUCAUCAGCAUUUAUUAUUAUUACCAAGUUGGACGUCGUCCCAAGAAAGUCUAGCUCCUGGGCUUUUUUGUUAUGGGAAAGGUGGGAGGGGGGAGUUUGUGUCGGUAAUUUUGCAUUAUAAUUUUUUAAUUUUUUUUUUUUUUUUUUUUUUUUUGUUAGUCCCUUUUGGUUCUAAAGGAGUUUCUUUCUUUACCGGCAUGAAUCAGUGUGUAACCCAGUGCUGGUGGCAUUGCCAGGUGAAAUGGGGGGAGCAACAUCAGUGGGAUCCCCCCAGCCCCUCUGCAGGAGGUGAGGAACAGUGGGGAGGAAGGCUCAGGGAAGUGUGUGGGCCUGGCAGGCUCAGGGAAAAAAGCCAGUUUUCUAGGGGCACUGGCUGAUGGGAUCACAGGCUCUGAACCCACUGGAACAAAGCACAAAAUAAGGCCAGCAUAUUGGAACCAAAUCCCUGAGGAGACAGGGCAGUAAGACAACCUACAAAGGAACCGGCUACUCUACUUGGUAAGCCUUGCACCUCCCCUGGUUUAUAGCCCUUUCCCCUUUUAGCAAGUACUGACUGUCCAGGUAGCCAGGAGCUGGAUGGGGUCAAGUUCAGUGCUUUGCAAACAGCUCUUCUUUCCUGUCUGCCAGAGGUGCAUUUUUGUGUAGUUCAUAGUUUUGCACCAGAUGCUGUGUAGGGCUUGGCAGGAGAUAGAGCAAAAGAAGAGGGAGAACCCUCGUUGUUCCCUCUGCAGGGACAGCACUGGGAAUGGUGGAGCAACUUGAAUUACAAGAUGUGACAAGUGAAGUAAGCUAUUGGAAAUAGCCCAUUGAGCACAAAGACAUCCCCUCAUUUGGGGUGUUUCAUGAAGUUUCUAGGCUGGGGUCCUGUCCCCUUCACCCCAGAACACUUCCUACAGUUGAAGCUUUACUGAUGGUAGUAGCAGUGGUGGGUGUGCAGUAGCUUUAUCUGAUGCUUUAGUUGAGCAGGAGCUGGAGUGCUGUUGUGGUUAGCACUGGUAAGAGCAGAGGACUGUAGCAGUAAGAGCAUCUGCACAGAUGCUUGGGUCAGUGAAUAGCCUCUAGAUAUGGGCUCUGGCUGUGGGAGAUGGUGUUCCAACUCUGCUAAUAUCUGCAUCACAUCUCUUCUGACCCUGAGAAGAGAGGACCAAAGUUUGUAGCAUUAAGAUAUUUAAUAUUUAACUGAGAUGAAGAACAGCAAGGAGCAGAGUGUAUGAUGGCAAGGACAGACUGAAUGUGCUUUAGUACUCACUAGCCAAUUUCUCCAAUAUCUCCUGGGCUUAACAGCAUUGCCUGCCCUGCUUCCUAGUGCUUUCCUUGUGGAUUAUCCCUGUCCACAGCUUGAGGCAGCAUUUUUUAUUCUCCAUGGGACUAAAGCCAGAAGGUCUGUGUACAGGAUAUGGACUUGUUACUCAUGCACUACUGCUGACUGAAUCAAAGCACGCCCUGGAAUAUAGCUGAUGUUCCAAAAUCCCAGUAGAAAGAUUUCUACACAAACAGGACUGCUUGUGUGAACAACAGUCCUCAAGCCACUGGUAAGACUGGGAUCUACAGCUAUUGCUGUUUAAUAUCUUAGUAGAGUUAGAAGAAGGUAGUGGGUAGUUUUUGUAUGUUGUGUUAGUGCUUUUGGCAUUUAGAAGCAGCUGCAUAAGCUUGGGACACUGUGUGCAUUGUACUUACUGGCCAUGCAAAAUGUCUGUCACAUAAGAAUAUUGGAAAUUGUUAAAUCAGGAAACAUCACAAUUGUAACUUAGUUUUUUGCUUAAUAAGUAAAUCAAAGGGAGAGGCAACAUCCAACAGCAGGCUAAAUUCUGGAGCCUCACAACAAUAGACGCUUGUCAAGCUGCUUUCAGCACAUCCAAAAACGAUACUGAGCAACUAAAACUUUUAAUUAAGAGGAGUGUUCCUGUUCACAUGGAAGAAUUGGGGUCUAAGAGGCAAACCUUUCCCUGUGAGGCAGAUAAUGGUCAAAUGCAGGCUGGAGAGGAUCAGAAAUUAGACCAAGUGGAGCAGCGUGCAGGAGCUGGAGCAUGGCAUGCUGUGGCUGUUGCUCUCCCCCUGUGCAUCACCUGCAUGGGCAGCUGCAGUGGCCUCAGUGUGGCACUUUGGCUGUAGUUGUGGGUAUAGGUACGUGAAGCUUGAUUCUUUGUGUUUUGGGGUGUCACAUGAAUGUAUACACAGAUUGAUGGUUGGUUUUUGGGGGGGGGGGGAAAUUUAUGUUUCUAGGACAGACAAGUAGAACCUACCACAGCAAAAAAAGCAGUCUUACAGGAGAAGAAAUUGGGAGGUCUUCUUCAUGCUGCCUCCCAUCUGUGUUGGCCACAGGUCCCAUGAACUUAGUUAUGACUCGGGUCUGAUUACUCUACCUUAAAAUGUCAUCCCGUAGGUGAGAGAAAUGAGUUACUGCACUAUGUGAGAGCAGUACUCCAAGGACUUCUUGAUGGUUAGAUCAGGUAGGAGGGUGGGGGAAGCAGUUACAGGUCUCCAGGGUAGCUUUAAAUAAGGUAAGAUUAGAUUUCUCUGGUUUCCUGAUUAGCAGCUGCUUCUGCAAAACUCGUAACAGUCAGCAGCUUCUAGGUUUGCUGGUCAGUGGUUUUUUUUUGCUCUACCAUAGAGCAAUGCCUGGGGGAGUGGUCACUUAAAAGAUUUCAUGCUACUUGGUACCUAGUCCUGAAAGUGGAGACAUGAAGUUGUUUUGAUGCUUCUUUCUCCAUCUUGCUAUAAGUGGACCAUGUAGAAAAUACAGAGCUCUACACCUCCUCUACAACUAAGCUCUGGUUCCUGGCACAUCCAUUCUCAGCAGCAAGGAGCUGCAGGAGAAACAUUGCCAGGCCCUCUGGAGGAGGUGAGUGUGUAUCAGGUGAGGCCUGGGAGGGAGUUGCUCAGGGUGGUGUGAGGAUGGAGGCCAGGCAGAGCACUGCCAGAAACCAGCUGCACCUGGUUGUCUUCACUCUUCACUGUUGUGGCUGGGGAGAAAGGGAGGAGGAUGCCACACCUUUGUGCAGAACUGUGUCCCCAAGGAUGGAAGUGCUGACAUCACAGCUGCAGGUGGCAGUUCAGAACAUAAUUUGGGAUCAAAAAGCCUGAGGUGUUGCUUCAGGCUCGACUACUGAUCUGCUGGCAAAAAACCUCCAUCUCCAGAGGCCUCAGCUUCCUUAUCUGUUACAUUGUGAGAGAGCUUUGGACCGAUGUCAUCUCCCAAGGGAGACUGCAGUUGAACUUCCUGCAUUUGUACAAUGCUGUGCAGGACUGGGGGUCUGUUCCCCAGAGAAUUGUGCUCCAAGCAGGCACAGGCCAGGACUUAAAGCUGACCCCCUUUCUCUGCCAGGGAUGGACCCAAACCAUUGCAUUCACAGAGCCCUCACUUUGGAGGGUGAAGAAAACUCAUCGUUCACAUAACUCCCUACAUCAUCUUAUUUGCAUCUAACCAAUAUCUGGCAAACUGGAGCUGGUGACAUAGGAGAGGCUCUGUCUGUCCUAAGCUGGCCUCUUUUCUGGUCAAGGGUUUUUACUUGGGAGGGUGUGGGUGGGGAGUGGUGGUGCAGGGGAUGGGACACUUCAAUUUAUACCUCAUUUUAGCUGCUGUACCUGAGUUUAUUUCUCCUCUGGUAAGAAAGUGACUGUACUUAACACCAAGCAAAUAGUGAAAAUUAAAGCUGUUUCACUUCACUGUCACAAUAUCUUUCUUUUAUUUUUUGGGGUUUUUUUUUUAAGAAAUGCACACAGAAACCGUGCAGAGAGUGCUUCAGGCUUGUGUUCUGGUUUAUAUUACCAAAAAAACUUUCCUUUCAAUAUAAAAAAGGAUUACAGUAGGGAAUACAGGAUAAAUUAGCUCCACUAUCUAAUAAAAAGAACAUUUACAUUUUUUUAAAAUAUAUUUCAAACAUUAUUUCACACGCAGCCCUUUUCCCAGGCAUUUGUGAUAGUCAUUGGAGCAUUAAAUAGCAACCAGGAGGCAGGGAUGCUGAGAGGGGCUGGGGGCUGGCCCAGGCUGGUCUCUGCUAAUCCCUCCAAGGUGCUUGGGCCGUGGUCACAGUGCUACAGCAAAGGAGACAGCAGCUCCUUCUGCUCUCCAGCCUGCCCAGAGUUCUCCAGCCAGCAGUCACUUCAGCUUGAGCCCCUGGCCCCAAAAUACUCACCAGAGCUGUAAAAACAAAUACAAAAAUACAACUGCUUCUCCUGCCUACAGUUCUGAAAACUACUGUACCACAGAGGGGACAGCCACAAAACCAAGGGACAAAACCAACAAAUUUACAUGCAGUGGGGAGUCUGCUUUCUGGGCUUGCUUGUUCAUUAAAUUCCCCCAAGGAAAUUCCUUCUGCCUGUUACCAACUGCUAAAGAUCCUCUCAGACUUGCACAUAUCUUUACAGCUAUCUCCAUUUCUUGUUUGGAAUUGCUGCCUGGCCUUUUGAGCUGUGUUCCCAGUGGCACGUGAGCCAGCCUGCAGAGAGGAUUUUAAGUCUUGACACAGCAAAGAGCAGUGGGGGAUCAAAAAAGGUAGAAGAGGAGAAACAGCUGUGCACAGCCCAGAAUAACAGAUGAAGAAGAGAUCCUUUUGGAGAUACAGGGGACUACCAUUAGGGAGAGAGGGAAAGCAAGAAAGCUAAAAACAGACAAAGCAAUGAGUACAGAAUUAGGAAAGCCAAAGAGAAACAAGCCAGCCAAGAUCAUACUUCAGGCAUGUGUAUGUAGUACUUAGUGCUCUGGCUGCUUUGGUCUGGUUCCCCCAUCUCUAACAGGUUUUUUUUCCCCAUGCCACUGGUGGCAGAAAAGGCUUUUAGGCUUUUUUCCCCUUCAGCCACCCACCAUGCACAAAUGAGGAUAAUUUGCCAGCCAGGCCCUGACCUGAGAACUCUACGUAAUAAACUGAUGGGAAAGGAAGAAACUGGAGACUGGGGGAGGCAGUUCUGCUUCUUUCAAUCACCUCCAGCCAAAUUACCAACUCUGCUGACAGUUUUGUUCCUUCCCUGGGAAUUGCUGUCCCAGAACAGUCACUGACACCAGCUCCUGAGGCAGAAGGAGAACAGAUAAGCUUGCUUUCUGCUCAGCCCAUUCCCUACAAGACUGGUAGAUGGAACAGAUUUUUCUUAUCUUAAGUGCAGCACCUGCUGUCCAGGACAAAUACUGCUGGGUUUUGGCUAACAAAACUGUUUUUCUUUAUUAAACAACAGACCAGAGAUUAAUGCUAAAAUGCCUCAUUACAAGGAGGUCCAGAGGGAAAUAGUUCUGGACAUAUUUCCAGAAGAUUUAAUGCAACAUCUGAUGCUGCUCAGCAGCCCUGGCAACAUAUUUUGUUGCUGGAAUAUGCUGACUGCAGCAUGGGGAGGCUGCAGCUCUACCUGCCCAGCCCUCUCUUGCCAUUGAAUAAAUUGUUCUCAAAUGAAGCUUGGAAAAGCUCCUAAUGCCUCCUUCCUGUUCCCUAGUAUCCUGGUUCCCCAACCUAGAUACUUAGCCAUAAUCUUUGUCUAUUGUGGCCCCAGCUUUCUGCUGCUUUCCUUCCUUGCCUGUAGUCUGUGCAGUGCCACUGGGAGAGCUCAAAGGACACAGCCUCAGAGGUAUAAGGCAACAGCCAGAGGAUGAACGUGCUGCUGCUGCAAAACCUGGGCACCAAGUUUAAUGCUCUGCUCCUUCCUUGCCAGAGAUUACGGCUUUCCGAGGAGCUGGUUUGAGCCUAUAUAAAAGUGCUCCCAUAAUCUGAGCCUAUAAAAUUUGUAAAAAUUUUGUAAAUCUAAACAAGAAACCACAUCCCCUUCUGUCAUUCCCCAGUAAAAUGAGUUUGGGGUCAGGGAGUAAGUGACCAGAUGAACAAUUAAGGCAGCAGGGAUCGAUGAUUCCAGAUGAGAAACUAGUCACCUAUGCAAAUCAAUAUCCACAGCCACAGCAGCAGCUGGAGCAGUGUGGCUGCACACAGGGUGUUCUUGGAUCAUUCCUGGGGUCUCAGUAGCUCCAGCUUAAUCUCUGACCAAGGUCCAGUCCCAGCCAUCUUUCUCAGGUUCACUUCCAAAUGAUUGAGCAGGUGACAUGUUAGUUAAAUACCAAACUAUCUCAAGGGAGGAAACACUAUCAACUAAAACAAUUCUGACUUGGUUACUUUCAUCAUGAGCCCAUGGGAGAAUCUCAGGGGAAAUUCUCUGACCAGAAAUGAUUCCACCAGACUGGUCCAGGAAACCAUCAUGGGAGUGGUUGACAAACUUCAGCCUCUUCAAUCCAGCACCAUGUCUGGACCUCUCCUUAAGGCUGGAAAAACAUGCAGAAACCACUGCAAAUAUUUAUGCUAACAGAGCACCACAAACCAUUUUUUUGCAAGUAUCAGAGGAAAGGCAAAGGCUGACAAGAUUUAAACAUUAUAUCCUCCCUUCUCAGGAAGGCAGCAGUAUCAAUGAUGCUUGACCAGAGCCAUUUUUUCCCCAGGAGAUGGGAACACAGCAGGGAACCAUUUGGUCUCUUUCACAACAGUGAACAAUAAAUCUUAGUAAAAACAGAAAGGUAGGCACCAAACUCUUGACCCUCAGCCAGCCUUAGCUGAGUCCCAUUGUUAAGUUAGAUCACAUUGCUCCUGCUUGGAGUUCCAGAGAAAAGCCAGCCUCACUGAAGUGCUUGAUAUCUCUGACAAGUUUCACACGACAGGGGCAAUGCUUCCACUGAAGAAUGAGUGUUCUCAUCCUGUGGCUGGGAAUUAAAGCCAGAAUCUUGCAGAUGUUGACUACACCUGCUUAGACAAGCCACCACUGCUUGUUUCAAACCCACCUGGACAGUCAAGGCCAACCUGUUGCCUUAUGCAGCCCCUUCAUGUCUGUUCUUGGGUCCUUUGUUGUCUAAAGCACGAUGAAGUGGUGAAUGUAGGCUCAGCCUGGUGUGAGAGGCAGCUGUGCUCCUCCUCCCUCACCCCCACCGGCUCCAUCCGUCUCUAGUGCAAUCGGUGGCUCUGGGCUCCUGCUCCACGGUUGCUGCGGGUGGCUCUGGGCAAGGGUCCGGUGUACAGUGUAGUGCACAUCACCUCAAAGUUCCAGCCCCUGAAGUACAAUCCUUUUGGUCAUUCAUAUAUUACAACCCUCUUUUUUUCUUUUUAUUUUUUUAUCCCUGUCCCAUUUUGUUAAAAAAAAUAAAGUUUUUUUUGGGCGUUUUCA